UUGAGCGAGCAUGGCAAGUACUACUACUGUUACUUGUAAUGCAAUUGUUCCCGAACUUCUUAACCCACAUAACUAUAAACACUGGAGUUCUCGGGUGAGGACAUACUUGGUGGCCAAAGACCUUUGGGAUGUGGUCAAAGGGAAACAUCCUACACCAGAUGCUGAAGUAGAAAACAAGGCGUGGAUGAAGAAGAAUGCCGAGGCUUUACAUGCGAUUAACAUUUCUUGCGGGACUGAGAUGUUUUCUCUUAUCAGUGAGAUUGACACAGCCAUGGAAGCAUGGGAGGUUUUGGAGAAAGUGUUCAAACUACGUCCCAGGUCAGAAAUAGAAGAAAAAGAGAGACACGAGAGAGAUACCACAAUCGACGCUGGACAGGCUCGUGAUCAAGGUACUUGUAAUACUUCUUGUUUGCCAAAAUUUGCGGACUUGGCAAAAAUGGCCGCACCAACAACUCCUGCAUCUUAUCAACCGUACGCGAAUGCCAACCCGGGCGAGAACAAUGCCAACAACUUUCAUGACCGCUAUAUACCAUUCUUCCGUUAUGUGGAGGAUGGUGAUUGGGAUAAUGCAAAGGAGUGUCUAUUAGGACUUGGAUCAGAUGCCGACAACGCAUUAAGAGCAAAAAAUUCAUACCAAAACACAGCUCUUCACGUAGCAGCAAUCUAUAGGCAUGUGCAUAUUGUGAAAGAAUUGGUGCAGCUGAUGACGCCGGAAGAUUUGGAAAUCAUAGGCGAACUUGGUGCCACACCUUUGGUUGCUCUUACAAGGAACUGCAAGGUCGAAGGAGAUUCGAUCGAGAUGGCAAAAUACAUGAUUGAAAAGAACAACAGAUUAGUUUGGAUCCCUGUUACUUUUAGUAAUAUGAUUCCAGUUGUGGAGGCUUGUGGUUGGAGCAAAUGGGAAUUGGGUCGAUAUCUCUAUUCAGUCACUCCAACAGAAGCUUUAACGCCACAGAACGGGCCCAGUGGCACUGAACUUCUACGCUUAUGUUUUGUCCGUCUGAAAAUGUUACAUAUUGCAUGGGACUUGCUUCAACGUUGCCCAAUCUUGGCCAUAAAUGCACCUAUGUUAGCAUUGGCGGAAACACGCACUGCAUUUUUAAGUGGAACUCGACUUACAUGCUGGCAAAAAUGGAUUUACAACCUAAUGAGUUUCUUUAGAAGAAUUCUUAAGGGUCUACUCAAACUUUUGGGAAUCAAUACUAUAUAUGAACUGAAACUUAUACAUCUCCAAAUCAUAAAGUUUGUGCAUUGGAUGGGCCAAGUUGCAAGCAGCCAAAAUAAUCCACAUGAAUACUGGCUUGUUAAAUCAAUGUUCGCAGCCACCAAAGAAGGGCAUGUUGAGUUUGUUAUUCAUAUUAUUGAAGGACACAAAGAAUUCAUACACAUGCAUGAUGAAACAAACAGCACCAUAUUCCAUUUUGCCGUCGAAUGUCGCCAAGAAAAAAUUUAUUCACUUAUCUACGGUGUCGAGAAAGAAAAGAGGAGACAUAUCGGAUUAGCAGGAAACCAGUCCAACAAGAGCAUGCUAUUUAAUGCAUGUCAUUUAUCUCCACUAUCACGGCUAAAUCAUAUUCAAGGUGCAAGUUUGCAAAUACAGAGAGAACUUCAAUGGUUUAAGGAAGUGGAGACUAUGGUGCCUUCCGAAAUCCAUAACUUGCGAGAUAAUGUAAAUAAUUUGACAGCGCGUGAACUUUUUACCUUAAAUCACAAGAACUUGAUGGUUGAGGCAGAAAGGUCAAUGAAAGAGACGGCUACUUCUUGUACAGUUGUUGGUGCUCUCAUUGUCACCAUCAUGUUUGCUGUAGCAUUCACAGUUCCUGGUGGAAAUAACGGCGACACAGGCCUUCCAGUGUUCAUAGAUAAAAAGUUGUUCAUGGUUUUUAUAGUUUCAGAUACUAUAUCACUCAUUUCUUCCACAACUUCGGUGAUUAUAUUUUUGGGAAUCCUCAUCUCACGUUAUGCAGAAAAUGAUUUUCUCAAAUCCUUGCCCACCAAAAUGAUGAUAGGUCUUUUCACCCUUUUUCUGGGUAUUGUUGCUAUGAUGGUCACAUUUUCUUGUGCCCUUAUCAUUAUGCUUCAUGGGAAAUAUUCAUGGAUCAUUCUUCUGAGCAUUUUGGUUGCAAGUGUGCCAGUGUCCUCAUUUGUUUGGAUGCAGUUUCCUCUCCUUAUCGAGACUUUCAUUUCUACUUAUGGACCAGGAAUAUUUGACAGAAAAGUAAAACCUUGGUAUUAUAGUUGAUGUUAAUCGUUUGUUUUGCUUCUAGCCAUUGAGUUAAUAAAUCCAACGUCAAUUUGGAGCUGUAUUUUAUAUAUCAUUUGGAAAGCAAAACAGCUAUUCUAUAACGUAUGUGCUGGGAGUUGGCAAUAAGGUAUUUUUCAAUAACCAACUGA